AUGCCCCCGGCAGCUUCGGACGACUUGUUCCGCCAGAAAAUCCAAGGCGUCAGUGACACCAGCCCAGUCCCGGAGGGUCUCAAUCGAACCAACCCAGAGAAUGAACUGGGUGGAAAGAGCAAGAAGAAAGGGAAAAACGGCUCUAAGGGGAAAACAAAAACCGCCCAAUCUGCAAAGCUACCUCCUGAAGACCUGAUACCCCUCCCAGCCGAACCGUCCUCUUGUCCAGAUCCUCCACUGGAGCCUCAGGCUGCGAACAAUAAUAUUGGUUUAGAUGCACUUGACGCCUUCGGAGAAUCGCCAGACAAUGAUAUUGCCUACCGCACAGAUAGCUGGGCCAAAGCCAUCCCUUUUGGAAAGAGUCCCCCAACCGAUGUCAUUGACGGUGAACUCGCCAGUGGUUCCCCCGCAGGGUUUUUAACCCAUCCCGACAGAGGUGGUUUCAGCAAUCCUUCCUCGGCAUCUCCCGGGACGAGGCCUCCUAGCUAUGGGACUGGCUAUAAUUCGUCCAGACAGCCAUCGGCAGAUAGGCGGAAGAGUCACUCCGUCAGUGGUCCAUUUAGCCAUCAGAUUCCGUUACCCCAUUUGCCGCAGGCCCAUUUCUAUGGUGCUCCGGGUAUCGACCUGCCGUUUUUCUCAGGCCAGAAUCGAUCGUCGACGGAGGAUUGCUACUCUUUCUGCGCCUUCGACACAAUCUCUACUCCUUCGUCCAAGAUGCCGAGAAUGGGUGGCAACGUUCUCCUUGUCGGCGGUGAUGGCACAUUGGAGAUUCUCGCCAUCGAGGCUCGCAAAAUUCGUCUUGUUGGAAAGCUGAGUGGUCUUAGUGGCCGGGUGAUCGAAGCCAAGAUACUACCUUGUAGUUCAUUGAAUGAUCCGUUUUCGUCGUCGAGACCACAUGUCGCUGUCAUCAUCCAUGGGCCCUCCGGAUCCUCAGAUGAGGAAUCCCAUACUCCCUCUAAUGGCUCGGAAACGAACGAAGCCCAAUCUGUCUCCGUUGGACGGCAACUACCUGCUGAGAAGCGGCCAAGCAAAGAGGACGCUAGGCUCUAUCAAACCCGAGUUGAGGUGUAUUCACUCCGAAGUGGAGACCACAUUACUGCCCUUUUCGCAACCCAACCAACACCGUGCUUCGAGAACAUUCCUGGGCUGCCGGUGUUUGCGCCAUCGCCGGUUGGAAACCUAAAGCUUUUUGCCAGCGGUAACCAUGUUGUUCUGGCAUCCGGUGUCAGUGGCGAGGUAUAUAUUUAUAGCAUGAGCGGAUAUCGAUGUUUGGGGAAGACGUGGACCAGCAUUCAAUCGAAGGAAGCUCGGCGCUACUCGACAUCGUCCGGCUCCACUGAUCCAGAUGGGUCCCGGAAUGACUCCCCUCACGUGGCAGCUAACAAUGACCAUCCGAUAAUUGCCCUCGAGGGGAGAUGGUUGGCAACGGUUCCACCGUCUUCAACGUAUAGGGCAUCUCUUCGGGGGACAGUUCCUGCAUCCUUAAUCCGAGGGAAAGUAUUCGGACUGGAAACCCGCAGCCCAACAUCAAAACCGGCAGCUACAAGUGCGACGGAUGCAGGUGAGGGUGAGAGCUUCCUUGAUAAGGUAGCCCGAGGUGUAACACAGGAACUCGUGCGGGGUGCGCGUUGGAUGGGCGACCAGGGACUCCAAGCAUGGAAUAAUUACUGGAACAAGGAGCAAUCGCAAAGUCCAGCUCUGCGACGCUCUCCUCACAUGGUGGACUUUCCUCAACAUGGAUACAAUGCAUUCCCGCCCACACAUGCCCAAGACACUCAGUCUGGCACGGCCACUGAACCGGACCUGGUUUCGGUCCUAGAUUUGAAGAAACUUGAAGACAGUGGUGAGAUAAAGAACACUUCACAUAACCCGGUCGCCGCGUUCCAGGUUCCCAACGGCUGUAGUUUCCUCUCUUUCUCGCCGAAUGGGUUGAUGUUAUUCACAGCCAGCAAAAAGGGUGAUGUCCAAUAUGUCUGGGAUCUCAUGCAAGGCAAGUAUUGUCGAGCAGGGGCGUUCUUAUCUGAUGAUUCGACGACACCAUGUGCAAAUGUGCGCCAGAUUGCGCGGUACGCGAGGUUGACAACCUCUCACAUUGUUGACGUGAUCUGGUGCCCACCAACUGGAGACCGGCUGGCAAUCAUCACCCGUAAUGGGACUGUGCAUGUCUUUGAUUUACCGCGGAGUGCGUUUCAAUGGCCUCCGUUCCGUCGGGCUCGACCACCGCCGAGCAAAUCGCCUGCCAACGAUUUGCCUGCGGACGAGAUUUCGGACCGCACGAGCACUGCCAACCCUCUCUCGGCUGCAUUCAAACUCGUCGGCGGCAAGACACAGCCCAUUCUUGCGGCCGUCCGAGGUCGUACUCCUUCGGCGAGCGCCGCUUUUCCGGCCGUGGGUGGAUUCGGCCUCUCGUCGUCCGCUGGAGUCAUGAGCGGGAAGGCAGUGGCCGCUGGCCUCAGCAAGUCCGUGGGGGCAGCUACCGGGACGGUCAUUACACUUCGACAUGCGGGUGAGAACCGGCUACAUCUUUCGGGACUCGCCCGUGACCCUGCGGCCUCUCGUGUGACCUGGAUCACCAGCAAGGGCCAGGCAUUCCUGGGCCUGGUGAACAGUGGAUUCUUCCGGCUGUACCGGGUCCGGCGCUCAGUGUCAGCCAACAAAAACCGCCAAUAUCAGUCGGUCAUCGGGGGCAAAGAAAACGAAAUUCGACUGCCUGCGAACAUGCAGACCGUUUGCGGCGCCAUGCCCGUUGGCGCGCCCAACCCCGAGCCGACCAUACAUGCAUCUUUAGCUUUGCCAUCAUUGACUUCACGGCCGUCUCCUGCGUCCAAGCUCAAGUGCCAGCCACUCUCCCAGGCGGAGAUCGAGACCAACGCACCGUACCAGCCAUUCCACACCGAUCAGAGGGUGAAUCUGUUCAUCUAUUCGGAGACCGGCAACGAGACCGGCGACGCGGACGAUUCGCUGACCUCAGUGCCCACGGGCCCGUGGGUCUUUGGAGACAGCAUGCCGAUGUCCAAACUCCAUGUGCGUCCCUAUAGCGGGGGUGGCAAUGAUGAUGGCAACCAUGACGAUGUGAUGUAUGAAACCCAGCCGGGGUUCGGGGGAGAAAUGGAGAAUCUCAUUAGCCUUGGGAACAGCACGGGCCACGUCGAAGAGGUCGUCAUUACCACGCGUCGCAAGAAGAAACAUUCUUGCCCGUUCCCUUCGACCGGUACUGGAGGGGAUGAUGGAUUCUUCGAAGACGACUGUGAAGUGCUGGACUUUGCUCGAGACCGAGUAUGA